AUGAGUGAGGAUGAUUUUUUAGAAGAAGAUAACAACUCAUAUAAUUAUGAUGAUGAAGAAGAUGGUUCAUAUGGGGAAGAAGUUUCUAAUGCUAAAAGAAAGGGCAAAACUCUGAAAUAGAAUAAGAAAAAAAAAUAGAAAAAAAAUUAAUUCUUCGAAGAAGAUGCCGAAGAAAGUAACGGAGAAGAGGAAGAAGAAGUCAACCAGGAAAAGAGAUUAAGAAAUUAAGGAGAUGCUAAUUUGUAUAGGUAGCGUAAAGCAAGAGAUAUGAGUGAAGUCAUUCAUGACCUCGAGCAGAGAGGUGAUUAAACUCCACCCCAAAUGGAUGAUUUGGACUUUGAUGAUAUAGAUAUGGAGCACAUGCCUGAAAAUAUCAGAAAAUAUGGUAUCUAAUAGAGAAAAGAUUAAAAUAUUUUCAGUGUUCCAGUCAGAAAAACCAAAGAAAAAGAAGUUGUUAUUUGUCUACUAAAUAAAUAUGCUCAACUAAAUCCUGAGCAAAAUUAUGGAAUUUAUUCUAUUUCAUAUGUUCCUUCAGUUGAAUCUCUAAUUUAUAUUGAAGGUGUUAACAAAAGAGCAGUCAUAAAUUUCUUGGAUAAAUAUCCUGACUGUAACUGCAACAAAAUUGAAUUAGUCAACAUUGAGGAGUUUUAAGCCAUAUUCGAAGACUAGGGCAAAGAGCAAGAAUCAUAUAACGCAGAAGUUGGCUAGUUUGUUAGAAUUAGUCGUAAAGCAAGAAACUCUGACUACAUCAACGAUAUAGGUUAGAUCCACUUUAUCAAAAAGAAUAAUAGGGUUGUCGUCAAAUUGAUUCCUAGAGUUAGAAUUGAGGAUAUGAGAAAGAAAUAUGAACAAAUGAAUAAAAAUAGUAAAAAGAGAAAUCAAGAUAGCUUUGUUUAAGUUGAAGGUGAUGCUGAGGACGAUUAGGCAAACAAGAAGGGUAAAUUCCCUUACAACAAAUUUGGAAAUCAGCCUGUAGUUCCAACAAGAACAGUUGAUGAAAUUCUAAAGACCAGACCAGAAUAGCAAUUCUUUUCUUUAGAUGAAUAUGAAAAAGAUUGGUCAGAAUGCUAUAAAGCUGUUAGUGAAGAAUAUAGACCAGAAAAUGAGUCAACAAAUCUUUUCUAACAUUGUGGUUAUGUUUAUAAAACAUUCAAUUGCAAAGACCUUAUCUUCAAUGAAUAGCUCAAGAGUCUUGAAGAACUCAAAAAGUUUUAUCCUCACUUAGAACUAGACGAAAUUAUGAAUCAGAACGGCAGAUUUUUAAAAAUGGCCAACAAUCAAACUACUUUCGUUGUUGGAGACCCUGUUUUAAUUGACAACACUCUUAAGGGAAAAAUCAUUUCCCUUGGAAAAGAAACAGCUAAAGUUUUAAUUAAAAAGAAAAAGCUAUCCAUAGAAGAAGAGUAUCCAUUGAAAUAGCUCGUUAAGUAUUUUGAAGAUGGAUCAAGAGUCAAAGUAAUCUCAGGUACAAGCGAAGGAAUAACUGGUACGGUUUUAAGCACAAAAGGUGAUGUGUGUGAAGUUUUUACAGAUAAUAAUAAUACUAUUGAAGUUAGAACAAAAGAUCUAGCUAUAACAGGUGAAGCAAGUUAAGAUGCAGAAAAAAUUGUAGUUAAUGAAAGUAGUGAUAGAAAUCUUGGCCUUAAGAAAAAAGAUUUAGUGAAACUUACUGGUUUCAAUAAUGUAGGACUUAUCCUUGACAUCUCUAAAGAUUAUAUUAAGAUUCUAGAUCAAAAUGGCAAAAUCAAAAACGUCAGCUCUUUUUCCAUAAACACAAAAAUAGACACAAGAAAAUAUAUUGGUAAAAACGCAGAGGGAAAUAACAUCACUAAUAACUCCAAUAUUAUUAUCAAGCAAGGAUAAUACUCAGGAUAUCAAUGUUAAGUCAUUCAUGUCUACAAGUCAUUAGUUUUCUUAUUUAAUCCAAAAUUCAGAGACACAUACACUGUAGAAAACAUAAACAACGUCUCUCUACAAACAACUAAUCCAGUUAUUUAGAGAUAAGAAGCUAAAAUUGCCUACGAUAUGAAAUAUGGUAAGUAAGACAACUUAAAACCAGAUGAUAUGAAGUAGUAUGUUGGUAGACAGAUGAGAAUUAUAGGAGGUAAAUAUAAGGGAUUUUAAUGCACUGUUACUGAUAUUAGAAAUGACUAAAUUAAGGUUGAGAUUAACUCAAAGUUUAUUACUGUCUUCAUUCCUAAGUGCGAUCUUAUAGCUACUGAUAAAGGCUAAACAGAAUUAGAGUAUGGUAAGACUCCAAGCUAUAACGCUCAAAGCAUCUAUUAGCCAAACAAUCAUGAAAACAUAAACUCUCCUUCUUAUUAUGCUAAUAAUUGA